AUGUAUUUCCCGAUCGGUUCGUUUCGAAGUUUAUCAAUACCCAUAGAAGAAUCUUAUGAUAUAAUAUUUAUUCGUACUACACGUGAUCGCCUCAAGCUUGUUGUCCUAACACCAACUAUAAUCACUAUAUGGCUUUCUAAGCCUUCAACAUUAGUUGGUCUUAUUCGACGUUCAGAAAAUUCUAUAGCAACACAUGGACAUAACGUUUAUGCUGAAUGGCGAAGUGACACUCAAAAAUUAGUUGUUUCUACUGAAAAAGGAUAUGUAAUUUAUUAUAAAGUGGUGAUUGAUAAACCAAAAGGAUCAUUUUUUGGCUCAAUUAGUGAUGAAGAUCCUUGUGAAUAUCUUAUUCGAGUUAAUACUGAAGCACAAUUUGAGUUUCCUUUGGUACGAAUUAAAUUGAUUCAAGAUAAUGUUUUACAUAUUGGUUCCAACAUUCAAGGAUUAAUAAACCUAGGUCCUGAUUUAUUAGUAGCAGAUGAUAAGGGUUUUCUUUAUCGCAUAUCAUGGGAUGGUUCAUUGCAUCAACAAUUAACAUUAUCUAUAAGCACACUGUCUUAUACAACUUCAUUGAGUUCUAAUCGAGUUUUUAAAAUUCAUAAACCAGAUCUUUAUGCCAAAUAUAUUGAAUUUUCUCCAUUGUUGAACGGCAUUGGUAUUAUAUUUAGUGAUGGAACAUCAGGUUUAAUUAUAUGUGAAACGUCAAAAUUCGAACCACAACAAUGCCAGUGUAUUGUUAUUCAACCAUCAAAUGAUGAAAAGAUAUGGAAAACUCAUUGUUGUGUGGCAUUAAAUGCAAUCUAUCAAUUAUUAGCAUUUGGUUCGACAAAUGGACAAGGUCUUGUGUAUUAUAUUGAUGAACUAACAGCAUCAUUACAAUUAGCUUUUAAAAUACAAUUAUCUGUAGAAAAUUUUCCAGAUCUAGUAGAAAAUUUGGGUGCAUUGUGUUCAAUGAAAUGGAGCCCUGAUUAUCGUGUUUUGUGUACGCUAUGGGAAAAUGGUGCAUUUGCUAUUUGGACAGUAUUCGGUAUUCUUCUUCAUUGUUCUCAUUCAUCGGAACAAUCAAUAAAUCCAAUGGAACCCUAUGGUAGUUGUCGUGUUAUUGAAUGGGGCCCCGAUGGAUAUACUCUAUGGGUUUCAUCUCAAAAAGGCAUUACAUCGCCAUCAACAGCUACUGACGAUGAUGUUGAAUUGCCAGUACAAAAUAGUAGCCAAUUAUUGUUAUUGAACUUUUUAAAAUCAGCUGUGAUUAAUAAUCCUCAUUCGGGCAGCAUCGAGCAUUUAUUAUUACAAUCAGAAGACAAAGUAUAUUUAUAUCUAAGCGGUAAUCAACAAUCAACAAAUGGUAAUAACAAUGGAUUAUCAAUAUCUGUUGGUUGUGAUGUCGGCUGGCAAGUUAUACAAUUACCUCAACUUUAUAUUCAUAACAAUUGGCCAAUCAAAUUUGCUUGUAUUGACAAUACAGGUCAAUAUUUAGCUGUUGCUGGUCAACAUGGAUUUGUACACUUUUCAUUAUUUACACGUAAAUGGAAAUUAUUUGGCAACGCUGGACAAGAACGUGAUAUACGAGUUGUUGGUGGUUUAUUAUGGUGGCAAGAAUUUAUUGUAUGCGGCUGUACAUCAACCAGUGAAAAUCGAGACGAAAUUCGUCUUUAUUCGCGAUUGACUAAUUUGGAUAAUCAAUUUUCAAAUGUCGCACGACUACAAUCACCAAUUAUUUGUUUGAAUAUCUAUGAUGAUACGUUGAUUGUGUUUUCAUACGAUCUACAUAUCAUGUUAUAUGGGCUCGAACGAAAAGACGGUAAACCAGCUCCUACUGCAUAUAUGGCAAAGUUACAUGAAAUAUCUGUUGAGCCUUAUGUGCCACAUGCUGUCUUUGUACCAUUCAUUGGGCUGACAUCUCUUAGAACUGAUUCAGGUUUACCACAAUCACAUACAUCAUCGUUACACGAUAAUCCCCCUCAAAGUAUUCUUAUUAAUGUUUGUGGUCGCCUCCUUCUACUACAACAAGAACGAGGUGGUUCAUCAUUAGUUUUGCAAAAGCCUGCAAAGAAAAAUUCUUUGCAAUCAGUAACAUUUCUACCACCAGUAAUGAUUGCUGCAUGGGUUGAAUGCAUUUGGACAAUAUCACAUCAAAAUUCAACUAAUCCGUACUUAUCAAAUGCCUUGUGGCUCUGUUGUGGAUUACAUGGAAUGAAAGUAUGGCUUCCGUUAUAUCGUAAAGUUGAUGAACCUAUAUUUCAAUCUCAUCGUAUUAUGCUCACAUUUGGUUUAACAAUUUAUCCGUUGGCUGUUGUUGUUGAAGAAGCCGUUAUACUUGGUGCUAUGGCUGAAUUUGAACAUUUCAAUUCAAAAACAUUUUGCUCAAUUACAAAAACCACUCAAGUCUUUCUUAAUCAUGUCUUUCAAGAAUUAAUUCGAAAAAACCUGGACUUUGAUGCAUUACAAAUAGCUCAAACAUGCAAGAGUAUUCCGCAUUUUUCUCAUGUUCUGGAAUUACUUUUACAUAAAGUGCUUGAAGAAGAAGCAACAAGUACACAGCCUAUUCCCGAUCCACUUCUGCCGCGUGUGACCGAUUUCAUUAAACUGUUUCCUCAAUUUUUACGUAUUGUUUCUCAUUGUGCACGAAAAACUGAAGUAGCAUUAUGGCCUUGCUUAUUUUCAACAUCAAUUAUUGGUGAUCCAAAAAAACUCUUUCAACAAUGUUUAACUAUUAAUAAUCUAGAAACAGCUGCAUCGUAUUUAAUUAUAAUACAGAAUCUCGAAAAAAGCGAAAUCAGUCAAAAAUUUGCACAAGUUCUACUCGAACAUGCACUUGAUCAUGGUAAAUGGGAAUUAGCUACUGAUAUUCUUCGUUUUAUUCAUUCAAUUGAUCCACAAGAUUUAAAUAGUGAUGAAUAUAUUCGAACAAUAAAUACUCGAUUUCCUCCAACGACAGCAAGUAAUCGUGUGUCAAAUACUUUAACACAAAAAUCCUCAUUAUCACCGCAUCGUGAUACAUUAAAAUUUACUUAUGUUACAAAUAUACGACAACGUACAUCAAGUGUAGCAAGUACAAUUACAAAUACAUCAACAAUAACAACGAUACCGGAGGCUCCACCGUUACCAACAUCUCUUAAUACAAUUAAAGCAAAAGCAUCUUGGCCAGCAACAUCAAAUAAUAAUAAUUCAUCCAGUGUAUCGGCAUCAAAUAGUCCAACAGAUUCUUCCAAUAAUGCAACAAAUGAAGCACGACGAAGGAAAACAAGCUGGUCAGAUAAUAAAACAGCGAAACGUGAAAGUGAUGUUCAACAACAGCAACAACAGUCAUUUGAUUCAUCCGAUGGUUCACAACCACAAUCCCCAACAGCUCCAUCAUCGGUUCAUUUUAUUCAGCGAACAUUAAAUCAACAUGCAUUAAAAGUUAUUUCUAAAGGUCGUUUAAGACAUUUAGGUUAUAUGGCUGCUAAUAUAGCUGAUUUUGAUCUUCUUUAUUGGCUGAAAAGUUUCAAACACGAACCAGCAUUGAUUAUUUCAAAUUAUCCACAAACGCUGAAAGCACUUCAUACGGAAUUCAAUUGGCCAUUUCCUGUGUUAAUUUCAUCAAAUGUUUAUUUUAAUCCGAUUUAUCGAGAUGUAUCAAGUAUGGAUAAUAAUGGGCAUCAUUCAGAUUCAGGUCUUGGACCAAAUGACCGAAUUGGUGAUCAUGAUGAGAAAUUUUCCAGGCAAAUGUCACGUGCGACAUCAAAAGAAGAAAUGAAUGUAGAUUUAACACCAAAAAGACACAAAGACUUUUUGGAAACAUUAAGUUUAACAUCCGAAGCAAGUUCUAUGCCGAUCGAUAGUGAAUUUGAUGAUACGCUCAACAAUAAUGAUAUUGAAAGUCUUAGUCAAGAAUUAGCAAAUCAUGGUCCACAAUUAUGUGAAAAGCAAAUACGAUAUCUUUAUGAUAUUUUUUUGAUGGCCGAUUGUUAUGAUUGGGCAUUUCUUUUUUCACUUGUACUUAAAAGUCAAACGAUGAUCAAUCAAGUUAUCAAUGCUAUUCGAAUACAAGAUUUAUCUACACAAAUGUUUGCUCUACAACGUGGUCUGGUUGAAUUAGAAACAUGGGCGGAUAUUGAAUGUCCUGAGUAUAAGCCUUUACUAUUAUCGAUACGCAAUCAAGCUCAAGUCUUACUCAAUCAACGUCGAACAAGUGCUCCUGCGAUUUCUCAAUCAGCUCCAACAAAAAAAACGAUUCAAUCAAAGCAAGAUGAUGAAUUAUUUUCAUUGAAGCAAACCGACAGUAGUAAUCGACCUGAGCCAUCACGUAAAAAACCUACACCACGCAAUCGUACAACUUCAGCCACAGAUUCCAAUCAACCUAUAUCCUCAUUUGAGUCGUUGUCUAUUGACACUCAACAUACAAAUAAUAAUAAUAAUAAUAAUAAAAGUAGUCGUGAUACAUCACCGACUUUGCGUGCGCGCCGUUUUAGUGAUGACAUUGUAUUUCCUUCGGCGUCGUUUUCAGAAACAAUUGAACCAUCGCUUUUUUCACCUGGUUCAGUUCGUGCACGAACUAUUAGCUCAAUUCAAGAAGAUAAACAUUUACCACCAUUACUGAAGAAACAAAAUUUUGUUUCAACAACAACCAAUGAUACUUCACCUCCUCCGUCAUCAUUAAAAUUUCUUGAUGUUCGUUUAAGUUCUGGUAAAACAGUUAAUUCAAGUGAUUUUAUUCAUCUACCAUCUGAUAAUAAUCUUGUUAAUCCACAUGCCGAAGUAUCUUAUGAUCAAGAAGUAGAACAUCACCAAUUAUCGAAUGACACAGCACGAAAUAAACUUUUACAGUCGGUUUAUGUGAAUACUGCAAAUUCGAAUACUUCUCCCCUAUCGGACUCUUUAACUAAUGGUACAAACUAUCAUACUCAUGCCUCUGAAUCGUCCUCGAAUUGUGUUCUUUCGUAG